AUGGUUUACAUUGGAAUUCCCAAGAAUUAUACGCAGUCGCCAUCCUCGUUUAUGGCGACCCCGUCUCUAACCAUCAACCACGAGGUGACACAGGAUCUUGACUCUACCAACGCCUUCGAAGGACCCGAGAAGCUUCUAGAGGUCUGGUUUGCCCCGUCCGCCAAUGAACUGGGCUCGUCUCAACCUACCGGCCUAAAGGCCGUGCCCGAGGAGGUCUGGAAGGACAUGCUGGAUCUUGUCAAUUGCCAGGUGCUUUCCAUUGUCUCGUCCGAGGACGUCGAUGCGUACCUUCUGUCAGAGUCCAGCAUGUUCGUCUGGCCUCACAAGCUUAUCCUCAAAACAUGCGGCACCACCACUCUGCUCUCCGGAUUGCCCCGCAUUCUUGAGAUUGCUGCUCUGUUCGCCGGUUUCCCCAAGUCCGCGGCUCCUUCCGGCAGGGCUGGCAUUGCCGCUGCCCCGUACCGGGUGUUCUACAGCCGCAAGAACUUCCUGUUCCCUGACCGCCAGCGUGGUCCCCACCGCAGCUGGAGGGAUGAAAUGAACGGCGAGCAUUGGUACCUGUAUCUGACCGAACCCAACACCUUGCUCACGCCCCCGGCCAGUCCUAAGGGUGAUGAGGAGGUCACGGAGACCAAGUUCCUCCAAAUUCCGGAAGGUGGUUUGCCGCAGAGAGAUGAUGCCAAUGAUGAGACGCUUGAGGUGCUAAUGACCGACUUGGAUGAAGAGAAUGCCAAGCAGUUCUAUCUUGACAAUGCCACCGCUGUUGCUGAGAAGCGCUACCGCAACUUUGACAAGGACAACAGCGACCACGUCGAUGUGUUCAGCAACAACUCAGACAUGGAUCUGGAGGACACGGAUGGAACCCGCAUUCUGCCACCGGAACUGACUACGGAGGGUCACGCCUUGGGAACUGUCGUGUCCGAGUCUUGCGGCCUUUCGGAUGUCUAUUCCAAGGAGCAGUUCCCCGAGUCGCGCAUUGACGCCUACCUGUUUACUCCCUGCGGCUUCUCUGCCAACGGCGUCAUCCCGUCUCCGGACCCGAAGGCCAACACCCACUACUUCACGGUGCAUGUGACGCCCGAGCCUCACUGCUCCUAUGCGUCCUUCGAGACCAACGUGCCGCACUCGCAGAACGGUCAGACCACUGCGGGUAUUGUGAAGCAGGUGGUGAACAUCUUCAAGCCGGGCCGCUUCACUGUGACUCUGUUUGAGAACAAGCCCAGUGAUGCCGAGCUGAGCGGCAUCGGCGAGGCCAAGUACAUCGAACGGCAGGCAGCCCGUCGGAAGUCUCAAGUGGAGCACAUCGAAGGAUACCGUCGGGUGGAUCGCAUCGUUCACGAUUUGGAUGGUUAUGACCUUGUCUUCCGCUACUAUGAGCGGCUGGACUGGAAAGGGGGGGCUCCUCGACUCGGAGAAGAGCGCAUCUAA